GUGGUACUUGCCAAAAUGACCACGCUACCUCCAUUUUUUCAUAGUGAUGUUAUGCACACUAGAUUGAAAUAAGAUCUGUUGUUUUUGUGAUUGAUUGACCACAGCCUUAUCUCUAAUUGGUCGACAYGAAAUCCCGCUUUGUUCAAACAUAAAGCUUCUUUGAAGAGGUCCUGAAUAUUAUCUCGACCGGUGGUGAGUGUAACUGACUGGAACGAGUUUUCAUCUACUGAAACAACAAGGUUUCGUAACAGCGUUGACAACUUGUUUGUACAAGAAACUAGCGACAAACCGUUCUCACUCGGAAAAUGCAUUGUUCAAUGUAUUAUUGCUUGUCCUUGCUCUGCUGUUUUACCAUUGGCACACUUGGAGCAUCAAGUAUUAUCUUCGGCCACCAAAGAGAUGUCGCUAAAUCGUCAGCAAAUGGCUUCGUGCCGUUGAAAAUCGGCGGGUUCAACAUCCAAGUGUUUGGCACAAAGAAAAUGUCCAAUAAAGCAAUUAAAGACCUUUUAGUCAAGAUUAUUCUGCGCUAUGACAUUUUGCUCGUCCAAGAAAUCCGUUCGACUACAGACACAGCUAUAAACGAAUUAAUGAAAGCCCUUAACAGUGCUUCUGAACCAAAGGGCAUUUAUUCCAUGAAACUCAGCAGAAGACUUGGUCGAACAGCCAGCAAAGAACAAUAUGCGUUUCUAUACAGGACAGACAAAGUCCAGGCUACCGCCAGCUACGUGUAUACCGAAAUUGCUGGCAAAGAUGCUUUCCAGAGGGAACCUUAUAUUGUCAAGUUCAGAGCUCCAAACGCAUAUCUAAGAGAGUUCGCUCUUGCUGCAAUUCAUACUCAGCCAUCAAACGCACCGUCUGAGAUUGACCACUUAGUCGAUGUCUAUGACGAUAUCGUUAAAAGAUUYGGAAUAAAGGAUGUCAUGAUACUGGGAGAUUUUAAUGCCGGUUGCAGUUACGUCACCAAAAGCGAAUGGAAGCAAAUUCGUCUGGCUACAGAUCAUCGCUUUUACUGGUUGUUCACUAAUGACGAAGACACGACAGUCUCUAAGUCAGAUUGUCCUUAUGACAGAAUGGUAGUUGCUGGGGACAUGAUCAAGGCAAUAGUACCGAAAAGUGAAAAAGUKUACAAUUUUGCUAAUGCAUAUCACUUGACUCAAAAAGAGGCUGAAUUGGUGAGUGAUCACUGGAUCAUAGAAGCUAAACUGAAAGAUAAAAGCUACCUGAUAGAGGARAACAAUUUCAAGAGUGAACUCACCCUGACUGUCAUCGACAAACGCAAUGRAGCGCUUACUAAGCGUCUCAUAUAUCAAAUGAGAAGCAGSCGAARCCGCGUCUCUAAAAUCUUCACCGMGUCCACUUCAUAUAAACGAAGCGGAGGAAUUGCUGAGAUUUCRCUMACAAAGAAAGCCAACAGCCUCGAAAACGCCAAAUUUGCUGUUGAYGAUCUGCGAAAGUACCUKCCAAAGCUUGUAUCUGAUUAUCAAGUGAUCAUAUCAACCAGGAAGCUCAAGCGUUUUAUGGAGAAGAUAGAAAAGGCUUGCCAAGUAGAAAAAAGCAUGGCCAAUGAGUUUSAAUAUCAGGUCAUCGGUGAUGGAUCUUGUKCACAUGAUUUUAAGCUWGAUUCAGUYGCACUUAAGUGCAAUGUUGAUAAUCUGAUUUGUCAGUUGGAUUUCAUAUUUGUGUAAAUCAUAGCUACUCAUACCAUUGCAGACAAGAAUCCUUGUUUCUUUUUAUCAUUAUUAUUUUGUUGUUGUUGUUGUAAUUUUAGCACUAAUCGUCAUASUUUACACUUGAGUUCUGACAUUUGAAAAGAUCACGAGCCCGCUCCUGAAAAGAUAGAGUUAUUAUAUAUAAUAUGGACUGCUGCCAUAAACCCGUUGAAUUCAGCUUCAGUUUAAAGUUGCAAUUGCAUACCCACAAUACACUUUGGUCUGAACUUUGUGUGUAUAUUCGACUCUAUGAAUGUGGUUUUAUAAGCAAAAAGCGUUAUUUCUUAUAAUGAAUGUUGUAAAAGCACUUUUCUAAUAAAAGAUUUUAAAUCACUC